AUGUCUAUAGUCACAGAAAGCACCUCGACAGAGAGAAAGAAUGAAUGCAGAGAACGCAUCAUUCAUAAUCAGAAGGUUCUAAACUGCAGUCAUCGAAACCUGCCAUAUAUUCCAAAGACACAACAAACAACUAGAAACUGUAGAUGUUGCAUAUUACAACAUGAAAACACUUUCAAUGGACUCCUUCGAGAAUUUAACAAUUUGAAAGCUUUAUUUUUAAACGACAAUUAUAUUGAAAAUAUAAAACUUUCUCAAAUUAAGCAUUUAAAAAACUUAUACCUUAAUUAUAAUAAGCUUCGUUUAUUCCCAGAUUUUUCAAUCAAUGGAAGUGAAAAAGAUUGCUACUUCCCUAACCUUGAGAUUCUCGCUGUUGUAAGUAAUGAUAUAAAAAAAAUUGCUUCUGACAAUUUUAAAUGCUUAUUGAAGUUGAAAGCACCGUCACUCGAUAAAAACCCCAUAAAAGUAUUACCAAACAACCUCUUGUCGAAAUUACCAAAUCUUGAAAUACUGCAGCUUCGAUUUUUACUCACAGAUAAUCUAACACUAAAGCCAUUCGCUUUCAAAUCAGCAUCACUCAAAAUGUUACAAUUUGAAUUUAAUAGACCUGCAACUGCCCUGUUUGACUCCUUCAAUGACGCGUUUAGAUUUGUGCCUAAUUUGGAAACUUUAAAAUUGGGUUUCAUAAGUAUGCUACUUUUAACUAACCAGCAAUUAUCUGCAUUAUUUUCACCUCUCGCUAACAUCAGUAUGUUUAAGUGUUUUGCAUGUCAGAUUUCGCAGGAUCCAAAAGUCAUCUUGAAUAGUAUGAGAAUUGUUAUCGAAGUAGAUCUUCAAUCUAAUCGAAUUACAACGUUAAGUGAUGAAACAUUUAAGAACAACAAGCAUUUGAAGUAUCUCAGUUUAAGGUAUAAUGACAUCGCACAUAUACAAGAGUCAGCCCUUCCAGUGUCACUUCUGAAUAAUUUACAUUCACUAGAUUUGAGUCAAAAUCCUUGUGUAUGUGACUGUAAUCUAGAAUGGCUAAUCAACUGGAUGAAAGCAUAGUGAGAAAAAGAGAGUUAUCACAAGAUAUCCACAGGGAUACAUAUGUUCACUUCCAACCGAAAAGUCUAACUUUCGACUGUCUGAUAUAUCCUUCACGUACAAAGAAUGUCACUCAUGGAGUCCAUGGAUAUGGGUUGCUAUCAUUGCCUCGCCUUGUGUUAUUGUCAUAGGUAUAGCCGUACUUAUACUUUAUAGAAACAGAUGGAAUAUCAAACAUUAUAUCUUUUUGUUAAGAAAUAGAAGGAAGUAUCAGCUUAUCAAUGGACAUAACUUUGUGUAUGAUGCUUUUGUUGGAUACGAAGCCGAGGAUUAGGCUUGGGUACGUCGCAGACUGCUACCUGUCCUUGAAGAAGAAGAAGGCUUAAAAUUAUGUAUUCACGAAAGGGACUUUCAACCGGGUGCUUUUAUAAAUGACAACAUUGUUACCAAUAUAGACAAAAGUGAAAAAAUCAUUCUUGUUCUAACCAAUGGAUUUGCUCGUAGUGAAUGGUGUAUGUUUGAACUGAAAGUUGCACAUUCGAAACUGAUCAAAGAUGAAACAGAGCUGGUAAUCAUUCUUUUAGAGAAAAUUGAUGGAAGAAAUAUGAAUCACUCCUUAAAAGUUUUGUUUGAUACGACAACGUAUAUAGAAUGGACAGAGGAUGUUGCUGGUCAGCAACUGUUCUGGGCAAAACUCAAAAACGUUUUGAAAAAGUAAACACAGGCGAACGAUAACUUACCUUAUAUAUAUGCUUUUAGAAAUAUUCAGCUUUAUAGAUUUCCUCGAAAAUAUCAAAUGGUAUUCAGCUUCCUAAACAAAUCACGUAUUUUUGAAAUGUUUUCAUUAGUAGUUAAACGUCUCUUUUUCAGUCGGAAUUUGUCAAAUAUCAUUAAGUGACAGAAAUUGUACUGUCAUUGAUCUUAAGAUGUUUACAGACAUUCCGGAAGCUGACUAGUAACUCUUUAAAAACACAUAUUUACAAAGCAAACAUGUAAAGUUAUUAAUUUAUAUUUCAUUGCAAUAUUACUAGAAAUGUCACAUUCCAAAGAGUGUUUGCUGUAUUGCCAUAUUCAAUUUGUCAUCGGCCAAUGUGCGUGAAAUUAGCCAGAGCAGCCAGAGUUCAGCCAGAGUUUAGCCAGAGUAGCCAGAGUUCAGCCAGAGUUUAUCCAGAGUAGCCAGAGAAGUCAGAACUCUGGUUACUCUGGCUAGCCAGAGUAGCCAGAGUUCAGCCAGAGAAGUCAGAACUCGGUUUACUCUGGCUGGCCAGAGUAGCCAGAGUUCAGCCAGAGAAGUCAUAACUCUGGUUACUCUGGCUGGCCAGAUUAGCCAGAGUUCAGUCAGAGUAGCCAUAACUCUGGUUACUCUGGCUGGCCAGAGUAGCCAAAGUUAUGCCAGAGUAGCCAGAACUCUGGUUACCUUGGCUGGCCAGAGUAGCCAGUGUUUCUAGGAUUUUAACAUGUUUUUGCUACUCUGGUAGCCAGAGUAACCAGGUCCCAUGUUCACAAAAGAUUUUCAGUCUUAGCUGAAUUUGAUUAUGAAAUCUAAUAAUUGAGCCGUGCUAUGAGAAAACAAACAUAGUGGCUUUGCGACCAGAAUGGAUCCAGACCAGCCUGCGCAACUGCGCAGUCUGGUCAGGAUCCAUGCUGGUCGCUUUUAAAGCGUAUUGGACUUGGAGAAACUGUAAGCGAACACCACGGAUCCUUACCAGCCUGUGCGGAUGUGCAGGCUGGUCUGGAUCCAUUCUGGUCUCAAACCCACUAUAUUGGUUUUCUCAUGGCGCGACACAUAUGUCAUUUCUAUCUAAAUAGCAUGUUUAAAACUGAAUUUCAUGUUAAUAACUAUUUUCAAGUGGCUAUUUAGAGUAGCCAGAGUAGCCAGAACUCUGGUCACUAUGGCUGGCCAGAGUAGCCAGAACUCUGGUUACUCUGGCUAGCCAGAGUAGCCAGAGUUCAGCCAGAGUAGCCGAGUAACCAGGAUGUCAAUUGCUCUGGCUACUUUGGCUAGCCAGAACAGCCAGAAUUUCCGAGAUGUCCAUUGGUUCUAGCUACCCUAGCUGGCUAGCCAGAAUAGCCAGAAAAAUACUGUAAUACCUAUUGCGAAAUGACCCUUUUGGUACUCUCAGGUUUGAUUUUUUAGUGUUUUAUAUGUAUCAAAUGUAUCAUCGUACCAUCGUGCAUCGCGGUUUAGUAAGUCAGAGUAACCAGAGUUAUGAGUUCUCUGGCUGAACUCUGGCUACUCUGGCCAGCCAGAGUAACCAGAGUUAUGACUUCUCUGGCUGAACUCUGGCUACUCUGGCUAGCCAGUGUAACCAGAGUUCUGACUUCCCUGGCUACCCUGGCUAAACUCUGACUGAACUCUGACUGAACUCUGGCUACUCUGGCUAAACUAUGGCUGAAAUCUGGCUACUCUGCUGCUCUGGCUAAUUUCACGCACAUCAUCGGCCAAUUGUUAAUAUUGUUUUUGUAAACUUUCUAGUUUAGUCAAGAAUGGAAUUGUAUUAUGGUCACAUUCAUGUAUUGCACAUUGAAGGUAACGGCAAAAAAAUGUAUAUAUGACAGAAUGUUUUUAUUUUAUCAAACAAGUAGAAUAUAAUAAUAAAAUCUGGAAAGUAGAUCUAUUGGAAGCACCGAGAACAAACAUUGAAAAUUGCAGACUCGGUUUGAUUGAGUCUGAUCAUGAGCAGUAAUGAAAAAUAAGUAGUAUAUGGUUUAUCAUAUAUAUAUACAGAUGAUUACUUAAUGAUUUUGACUUGGGGCGAAGGACUGUUUGUUAUAUUCUAUAAAAUGAAUGAAUUAAAGGUCUUUUCAUAUAAUAUGAAAGAUGGCAAAAAUGACAAGUGAAGAAGAAUACGCGGACAGGGGUGUAGAACUGAUCUUGCAAUAAGUCUUCACUUUGAACAGGUAACAGAGUGUUUUGAUCGUUGAACGUUGUUUAAUACGGUGUAGACGUUUUCAUUGAUGUGCUACCCUGCUUAACACAUAGAACUUCGUAUUCUUGAAUAAUCUUUGCUCUAUUUAUAUGAAAUAUUGUUUUGCCAAUAAACUGAUAUCUAUUGCUAGUUCAUGUAUGUCAUAAUAAAGACUUCAGUUAUA